AUGUCUAUGGAAAGUAAAAAAAUUUGUACUGUGAAAACCAGGAACUUUGGGGACGAACUAGAAUGUGUAAAAAGCAAAUUUGGUAAGCUGUUCAUUGAGGUGUGUGUGAUUGAGUAA